AUGGGCAUGGAAUUGAAAAAAUAUGAGGACAUCCUGAGAUGGGUUAACACGGAGGAGAAAACAUUGAGAUAUAGAAGAAGGGUAGGUGUAUUCAAGGGAAGUGAUGCCCUUGCCCUGCUAACCAAAGGAGGCUUGGAUCCACUGCAAGCAAAGUCUGUCAUGCAGGAGCUUUUAAACGAAAGCAUUCUGUUUAAGGUGUCCAUCAACAAGAGAAACACAAAGGAAUGCGACGUGGUGCUUGACCAAAGGUUUCAAGAGAACCAUCACUAUGUCUUUGCAAAUGAAAGGACAUCCAGCAUCUCUCUUGUUCUCUGUGGUGUGUUUGUCUUAGUGACAUUCACAAUUGUUCUCUUCAGAAUGUGGCCGAGGAACAUCCAGCAGCGCCUGUUCUCAUACAUGGUCUAUCCGCUCGGUGGAUUCAUCACAUUCAUAAUUGUCCUCGCAAUAAUAAGACUGAUACUGUUUUCAGUGACAUAUAUACUGUACUCGCCAGGAAUAUGGCUGUUUCCAAACCUGUUUGAAGAUGUAGGGUUCUUUGAAAGCUUUGUUCCUCUAUGGGAAUACCAUGGAAGCAAGAAAGUAAAAAGUGAAAAAUAA